AGUUACGGAGUCACCCUCUAUCGGAAGCGCCUCGCUGCCGUAGUAUGAGGGAUCACGUGACGCGCUCCCCAUAGGUUUUGCGGCCAGCGCUCGCUGAGAACAUCACGCGGGAGCUCUCCCCGACAUUUCUGUAAGUACUUUCGAAAUGAGAGAAGUUUUUUAUUGCCUAAAUAAUAAUUUUAGGCAAGCAGAAAGCACAGAAUGGUCUACAGACACUAUAUCUUUGCAGAAUACAACAGUGAGCACCCACUGGGCGCAGUCGCCGCAGUGGAAUCUCCCGAACCGGCUACUUGCGUGAAAGUGAACUUGCCGUUAUCGAGCAUCACCAAGUUCAUAGACCAAAGCUUCACGACUUCGCGACUGCUGUUGGAAGGAGAAGCAGUCUACGAAUCGAAACAUGUGGUAGCAUGCAAUGUGAAGGAGAAGAAAGAUGCCACAAUAACGUUUGCUGGGCUUGUUCUCCAAACGUCGGCACUAAACAAGGACCCGCAUGAGCUGGAAAUUUCCGUGAAAGACAGAGAAGUUAUUGUAGCAACUUGCAGCUGCAAAGCAGGGUUGCACAAAUGCAAGCACAUGGUUGCACUCCUCCUGCACAUUAAUGCAAGGGACACCUUUGACAUCCUGUCUUCCACUGAUCUUCCUCAGCUGUGGGGCAAAGAGCUCAAGGCAGGUGUCAAAGAUAAAUAUGUGCCAAGGAAGAUUGUGGAUCUUCCUUGUUCAAAAAAGGUGAAGCGUGACCACGUGAAGCUUCCCACUGAUGACACCUUAAACAGGCUGCUGCAUGCUUUGCCCUACAGUUCUACAGCAUUCAGGCACAGUGAAAGCAGAAACCCCACGCAUCCAGCAGAUGUAGCCAGCAGCUCAUCUUCAAGUGGCAAGCAAGACUGCAGAGCUGCAGAUGCAGCAAAUACAACCCCAAUGCCAACUGAACAUAGUGCAUGUGGAGAAAUAUUGGAGCACAAUAAGGAAGAGUCUUGCGAAGCAACUCCACCAGCACUGACAGAAGCCGUCAUCAAGGCAGUAGAAGCAGGGGCGCUUUCAACAGAAGACAUUUAUAUACAAUUGCAGCAGACAUUCACACAAUCAAACAUUCAGAUAAUCACGCAUUUGACAGAGCAGCAGGUGAACUCACAACACUGGAUGCUCUACAGGAAAGGACUCAUAACAGCAUCUAUUGCUUACUCUGUGUAUACGCGAGUGCAUACACUGAAAACAAAAAUGGGCCCUCAUGACGUGCGCCCUCUGCUAAAGUCAGUGAUGAGGGAACAAACGGUGCAAACUCCAGCUAUGUCAAGAGGAUCCUUGCUCGAGAACACAGCAAAAGACUUCUACUUAGCCACAACAACACACCAAAAUCUCCAACUACAAAGCAUAGGCCUUGUAAUUUCCAAAGAAAACCCUUGUAUUGGAGCAAGUCCAGAUGGACUUGUUACUUGUAGCUGCUGUGCUACCAGAGUACUAGAAGUAAAAUGCCCAGUUAAUUUGGAAAGGUUUCAGGCUAAGGAGCUAACAACACUGAGCAACGGCAAGUUAAGCCUUAAGAAAACAAGUAGAUAUUUCUGCCAAAUUCAAGUGCAAAUGGGGAUUCUAGAAGUAGAGAUGGCUGAUUUCUUUGUUUUUCAGGACAGCGAGAAUGUGUUGCUGCUAACAGCUAAUUUUGAUAGAGACUUUUUUAGCGCUGUUGUAGAGCGAGCUGUAUAUUUUUUUAAGUCUUAUGUGCUCCCGUAUGUAACUCCUUAAGAAACUCA